AUGGGUUUGUUUCUGCCAUGAUUGAUGCUAAAGAAAUUUCCCUUGAUAUGGGAAUUGAGCCUAUAUUUCCAAAAAAACGUCAAGUUUGUAGAAAAAGGCAUUUUGAUGAGGUUUCCAAUAGUGAUAGGGAACAACAAUCAGCUGAAGAAUCAUUUAGAACUGAUUAUUUUCUUGUUAUAGUGGAUAUUGCUCUUGGUGAAUUGAAGAGUAGGUUUGAACAAUUGCAUUGUUUUGAAUCUAUUUUUGGGUUCUUAUUUGAUGCUGCAAAGUUGACUUCGUUUGAUGAUAAUGAAUUGAAAAGUUUUUGUGUGAAUCUUGAAAAUGCUUUAAAACAUGGUGAUGUUUCUGAUGUUGAUGCAAGAGACUUAUUUUCAGAAUUACAGAUGUUGCAAGUGAUGUUACCAAAAGAAGCAUAUGAAACAGAUAAACCAUGGACAUCCAUUAAAAUUCUUGAGUUUGUAAAGAGUGUGGAUAUGUUUCCUAAUGUAAUGGUUGCUUAUAGGGUACAUGUGAUGAUUCUUUGCUUCGAUUAAUUGUGGAGGAUGAAAAGAAGAUUGAUCAAAUCAAGAAAUGCUUAUGGAGAUUCGGGAG